UAUUUUGCCUCUACGGAAGCCUGUAGGCGCCUCCACCCGGCCAGCCUCGGAAGCCUUUGUCUGCGCAUGCGUCCCAGGGAAGUGGCUUGCUUGAGCGAAAUAUGGCUCCCCUCCCUGGGGCCGAAUUGGUGAGGACCCCGCUACAGUUGUAUCGCUAUUUGCUCCGUUGCUGCCGAGAGCUGCCGGAAAAACCCAUCCAGGAGCACUACAAACAUAUGAUACGGCAGAGUUUCAACGUCCACGAGGACGAAGACAAUCCCGAGAGGAUCCAGCAGAUCAUUCGACGGGCCAUGGAAGACGCCGAUUGGGUCAUGGAGAAAUAUAAGAAGCAGAAGUAAGACGAGGAACUUGGGAAGGAAGGCCGGUGGAUUGUGGAGUGAUUGCAAAGACCAGUUAUGGGUUCCAGAUCGGGUUCCAGGUCGGAGCAUUGGACUCCAUUAGCAAGAAAGACACUGUAUUUCCCAUCUUUCACAUCUUUUCAAAUCUCUUCAUAGAAACACAUGAGGAAUGCCGUGCUCAGUGGCUCAAGUCCACGAAAACUGGGGCACCCUUGGAUCCGAAAUCAAUAAUAAAGAUGCGGAAGUCCCCAUUC